CGGGCUGUCUCCCCGUUUGCACCCUGCCCCGUGCCUGGAAGGCCACUUCCUGGCCCAGGCUUCAGAGCUCUCCAGUCCCUCCAGUCCCUCCAGUCCCUCCACUCCCGGCGGCUCCCGAGCCCUGGGCGCUCCAAGUGCCUCGCUCACCGCCUCCUCUCUAUAGUUCGCCCCGGGGAGGGGCUUGAGGCCCAGUGCAUGCCGGGAUGGCGGCGGGCGGUGCUUGAGCUUCAAUCAUGGCGGCCGCUGUGGCGUCCGGGUUCUGGCUCUGGGCUACGCUGCUUCUUCCUGCGGCCGCGGUCUACGAAGACCAAGUGGGCAAGUUUGACUGGAGACAGCAGUAUGUUGGAAAGCUCAAGUUUGCCUCCUUGGAAUUUUCCCCUGGAUCUAAGAAGUUGGUUGUGGCCACAGAGAAGAAUGUGAUUGCUGCGUUAAAUUCUCGUACUGGAGAGAUCUUGUGGCGCCAUGUUGACAAGGGCACAGCAGAAGGAGCUGUGGAUGCCAUGUUGGUCCAUGGACAAGAUGCAAUCACUGUAUCCAAUGGAGGGCGAAUCAUGCGUUCUUGGGAGACUAACAUUGGGGGCCUGAACUGGGAGAUAACUCUGGACAGUGGCAGUUUCCAGGCACUUGGGCUGGUGGGCCUGCAGGAGUCGGUGAGGUACAUUGCAGUUCUGAAGAAGACAACUCUCACUCUCCAUCACCUCUCCAGUGGGCACCUGAAGUGGGUGGAACAUCUCCCAGAGAGUGACAGCAUCCACUACCAGAUGGUGUAUUCCUACGGCUCCGGGGUGGUGUGGGCCCUUGGCAUCGUUCCCUUCAGCCAUGUGAACAUUGUCAAGUUUAACGUGGAGGAUGGAGAGAUUGUUCAGCAGGUCAGGGUUUGGACUCCAUGGCUGCAGCAUCUCACUGGGGCCUGUGGUGUGGUUGACGAGGCUGUCCUGGUGUGCCCUGACUCCAGCUCACAUUCCCUCCACACUUUGGCCCUGGAGACAGAAUGGGAACUGCAGCAGAUCCCCCUGCAGUCUCCUGACUUAGAGUUUGGAAGUGGAUUCCAGCCUCGAGUGCUACCCACGCAACCCAGUCCAGUGGCUCCUUCUCGGGCCCAGUUCUUCCUACAGUUGUCCCCAGGCCACUACGCUCUGCUGCACUACGACCAUGGUGCCGUGACUCUGCUCAAAAACUUCCCCCAGGCCACUCUCGUGAGCUUUGCCACCACCGGAGAGAAGACAGUGGCUGCAGUCAUGACCUGUCGAACUGAACAAAAACCUGGCAGUGCUGGAGAUGGGACUAUGGCCAGCUUUCCUGAGACAUCAAAGGCACAGGACUCUCUGGCUUGCUUCAACCAAACCUACACCAUUAACCUCUACUUAGUGGAGACAGGUCGGCGGCUGCUAGACACUACAAUUUCCUUCAGCCUGGAGCAGAAGGGCACUCAUCCUGAGCGGCUGUACAUCCAGGUGUUCUUGAAGAAGGAUGACUCGGUGGGCUACCGGGCCUUGGUGCAGACACAGGACCACCUGCAGCUGUUCCUGCAGCAGCUAGCUGGGAAGGUGGUGUUGUGGAGCCGAGAGGAGUCCCUGGCAGAAGUGGUGUGCCUGGAGAUGGUGGACCUCCCCCUGACUGGGGCACAGGCUGAACUGGAAGGAGAAUUUGGCAAGAAGGCAGCGAUUCAAGACGGCUUGCUGGGCAUGUUCCUGAAACGUCUGUCAUCUCAGCUCAUCCUGCUCCAGGCCUGGACUUCCCACCUCUGGAAAAUGUUCUACGAUGCUCGGAAGCCCCGAAGCCAGAUUAAGAAUGAGAUCAACAUUGACACAUUGGCCAGAGAUGAGUUCAACUUGCAGAAGAUGAUGGUGAUGGUAACAGCCUCAGGCAAGCUCUUUGGCAUUGAGAGCAGCUCUGGCACCAUCCUGUGGAAACAGUAUCUGCCCAAUGUUAAGGCAGACUCCUCCUUUAAGCUGAUGGUCCAGAGGACUACUGCUCAUUUUCCCCACCCACCUCAGUGCACGCUGCUGGUGAAGGACAAGGAAACAGGAAUGAGCUCUCUGUUUGUCUUCAACCCCAUUUUUGGCAAGUGGAGCCAGGUGGCUCCCCCAGUGCUUAAGCGCCCCAUCUUGCAGUCCUUGCUUCUCCCAGUCAUGGAUCAAGACUACGCCAAGGUGCUGCUGUUGGUGGAUGAUGAAUACAAGGUCACAGCUUUUCCAGCUACUCGGAAUGUCUUACGACAGCUACAUGAACUUGCUCCCUCCAUCUUCUUCUACUUGGUGGAUGCAGAGCAGGGGCGGCUCAGCGGAUAUCGGCUUCGGAAGGAUCUCACCACAGAACUGAGUUGGGAACUCACCAUUCCCCCAGAAGUGCAGCGGGUCGUCAAGGUGAAGGGGAAGCGCAGCAGCGAACACGUGCACUCCCAGGGCCGGGUGAUGGGGGAUCGAAGUGUACUCUAUAAGAGUCUGAACCCCAACCUGCUGGCUGUGGUGACAGAGAGCACGGAUGUCCACCAUGAGCGCACCUUUAUCGGCAUCUUCCUCAUUGAUGGUGUUACUGGCCGCAUCAUCCACUCCUCUGUGCAGAAGAAGGCCAAGGGCCCCGUCCACCUCGUGCAUUCAGAGAACUGGGUGGUGUACCAAUACUGGAACUCUAAGGCUCGGCGCAAUGAACUGACCGCCCUGGAGCUCUAUGAGGGCACUGAGCAGUAUAAUGCCACCGCCUUCAGCUCUCUAGACCGUCCCCAGCUGCCCCAGGUCCUCCAGCAGUCCUACAUCUUCCCCUCCUCAAUCAGUGCCAUGGAGGCUACCAUCACCGAGCGUGGAAUCACCAGCCGGCACUUGCUCAUUGGGCUGCCUUCUGGAGCGAUCCUUUCCCUCCCCAAGGCCUUGCUGGAUCCCCGACGUCCUGAGAUCCCAACAGAACAAAGCAGAGAGGAGAACCUGAUCCCAUAUUCUCCAGAUGUCCAGAUCCACGCAGAGCGAUUCAUAAACUAUAAUCAGACAGUCUCUCGAAUGCGAGGCAUCUACACAGCACCAUCAGGCUUGGAGUCCACUUGUUUGGUUGUGGCCUAUGGUUUGGACAUUUACCAAACUCGAGUUUACCCAUCUAAGCAGUUUGAUGUUCUCAAGGAUGACUAUGACUACGUGCUAAUCAGCAGUGUCCUUUUUGGCCUGGUUUUUGCCACCAUGAUCACAAAGAGGCUGGCACAGGUGAAACUCCUCAAUCGAGCCUGGCGGUAAAACAGGAGCUUCCUGCCAGCGUGGAGAGCCUUGGGGAAGAGGGUCAGCUAAGGAGCUGUGGCCGUGGAUUGGGCUCUCAUCUCACUGAAUCUGGGGGAAGAAGAUGACCUUCAUGUAGAACUGCUGGGAUUCAGUGACGCACAGUCCUUGUGGGACGGAGAGCCACCUCAGCGACCAUCUCCAUGCAUCUGACCCACUGCUCUGUUUCCUUUAUCUGCCCAUCCAUGGAUAUUCUGGGCCUUUUUGCUCUUGUUUUUUCCUUUUAUAAGACCCCUGGUUUUUCUCUUUGGAGGCUGUUUAAAUUGACUUUAGUUAGCCUUCUGUGUCUCUAGUCUUACUAGAAAUCCUCUGACAACUUGUUCUCCAUCUCUUGCUUCCAAGCCUGAUGGGUCAGCUCUGCCUUAAAGGUGCACUUGGCUGCCUGACCCUGAUGGGGCCGAUGCCAGAGCCAUUCUUAGCUACAGUCUGAGGACUGAUCCCACCCCAUGGCUUCUCUCUGAAAUCACAGAAGUUGAGGGUUCCAUACAUGGAGUCAGAACUAAUUUUAACUAAGCUUUUGUCCCAUGCUGUCAUUCGUCUCAACCUACCAAAGCCAAGUAAUGUGGCUUCUCACCCACAGCCUGUGCUUUUCUCUUGAGCUGUACGAGGGCUGAAGUCUUUCCUUUUUAAAAAAAAAAUUAAAUAUUUUUUGGUUUUUCAA